AUGUGUGCGCUUCGGCAAAGGUACACCGAGUUUCUUCAAUCAAUUGAAACAAUGCCACCGAAAAAAGGAACGAAUUCCAAAAUAUCAACUUACAAUACAGCUGAAAGUGAAAACGAAACAAAUCACAUGCAAUUAAGAGAUGAAGAUGAUAACGAUCAGGAAUCAGCUGAAAACUAUGGAAAAUCAAGUCCAAAGUCAAAACGUUCUGACCAUAAACAACAUGGCCAGACUCACCGACGAACUGAAGCCGAAUUACUUCAAGAAGAAGCAGCUGAGUUUUUGGAGCAUGCUGACAAAAAGAAGGAAAUGGCGGAAGAUGCCGACGAAGAACGGACUGGUGGUUCACAUUCAUCAAAGAGUACGCCGUCCAAGAAAGCCAAUGCUCGUGGUAACAAACGUCAGCAAGGUGGAUCAGCAUCCAAACAAGAUGAAGAAGAAGAUUAUACUGAAGAAGAUGAAAACAAAUCUUCUUCCAACAAAGCAACAGGAAAACGUGCAGGUGCAGCACGGAAAAAUCAGAAAACUGAUGAUGAUGAUGAUAAUACUGGAAGUGAAAGUGCAUCACCAAGCAAGAAAACUAAAGGUCAACCAGGUCGUAAGCCAGCUCGAAAAAAUAAAACCGAUUAUCAGAAAGAUGAAAACAAAACUGGCAGUGGAGAAGAUGAUACCGCCGAAAGUGAAGGUCAAUCACCAAUGAAGAAAACUAAAGGCACACCUGGUCGUAAACCUGGUCAAACAAAGAAAAAUACUAAAGCUAAGGAUACUGAUCAACAAGUAGUUGAUGAUGAUGACAACAUUGAAGAUGAAACAACGUCACCUAGUAAAACCACGCCGAAGAAAGAUACUGAUCAAGAAUCAGAAAAUGGUACUGGCGAUGAUAAUACUGAAAGUGAACGACAGUCGUCGGCCAAGAAAACUGAAGGUAAAUCAGAUCAAGCAAAGAAGACCACGGCAAAAAAACGUACUCAUGAACAAACUGAAAAUGAUAUUGUUUCCGAAGAUAAUGAUGAAAAUGCCGAAAACGACGGUCCAUCAUCGGCUAAGAAAGCUCGUACCAAAACCGCCAGUAAACAAACUCGAACAAAACCAACUACCGAUCAAGAAAUCGAGCAGGAUUACGAAAUGAAAGAUGAAAGCGAUGCAGCACUUUCCGAGAAAAAGACUUCAGCAACUCAUCAGGUCUCUGAUGAACUCGAACUUUCCGAAGAUGAAAGUUCAGCUGACAACGAACCAGCAAAACGAUCUCCUCCAUCAUCAGCUAAAAAAACUGACACAUCCACCAGCCGAAAACGCGCUGCCGAAGAUGAACCAUUCGAUGAUCGUACAAAUAAAGAAGACGACACGGCAGCUGAAACCAAUACUGACGAUGAUGCUUCAUCGGCAAAACCAACGAAAACAACUCGCUCUGGCGGCAAAGCUCCAUCAUCAACCUCAAAAGCCAAUUCAGCCAAGAAAACUAAAACCGGUUAA